AUGUACGCCACAUACAGCAUAACGUCGCUGCUGUUCGUCGUCGGGGCAUAUAUGCUCUUCACCGGCAGCGGCGAGUCCUUCAACGUCGGCGCCUUUUUAGAAGCCAUUUCCCCAUCCGCAUGGGCUAAUCUCGGCAUCGCGCUGUGCAUGGGCCUGUCUGUCGUUGGUGCAGCAUGGGGCAUCGCCAUCACUGGCUCUUCUAUCCUCGGUGCAGCGGUUAGAGCACCGCGAAUCCGCACCAAGAAUCUCAUCUCCAUCAUCUUUUGUGAAGUCGUCGCCAUUUACGGCAUCAUCAUGUCCAUUGUCUUUUCGUCAAAAGUUGGCUAUGCUACCGGUGCGGCGGCUUUCUCUGCCGAUGCGUAUUACACGGGCUACUCGUUGUUCUGGUCGGGCCUCACGGUCGGCAUGUGCAAUUUGAUUUGUGGCGUGGCUGUGGGCAUCAACGGCAGUGGUGCUGCGCUUGCUGAUGCUGCUGAUCCGUCAUUAUUCGUCAAGAUUUUGGUCAUUGAGAUUUUCAGCUCUGUCCUGGGCUUGUUUGGCCUUAUUAUUGGCUUGCUCGUUUCGAGCAAGGCUAACGCGAUGGACAACAAUGCAUAA